AUGGCUGCCAUAGAGUCUAAUGCAACUGCAACAGUUAACUGGGUACCUAUUGAAAUUGCACCCACUGCCAAAACUACCCUGACCUACGACAACAAGUUCGUAUGCACUACUAGUGCCGAUAGUGGCCUGGCUAUCAGCGCCAUUACCUCAUCAGGGUCGUACGUGACUGGGGUCACCUGUAAUGGGCUGACCAUAGCUGAUGCUAACGUGUCGUUCAACGCAAUCGCACCAGAGGGCGACAUUAAGAUUACUGUGGGACAGUACCUGGGUGUCAACACGUACACCGACGGCGAAAGGACAUUUCACGAAAACGGUAUUGUUUACGGAGGACCUUGCUCAGACUCGGAAUUUUGGGGAAUGUCCAUAUUCCAAUCUGACCAGGUUCAUGGGUGUAGCCAGGAAAGUGGUGUAACCAGUGCUACAGCCGUAUACAGAAUAUGGACUCUGGAGGGUAGUUGUAGCGCCACCUGUCAGGUGUAUUUAUAUGAUCACCUGGGUACAUCGACUUAUAAGCUAAAUCCGGGUAUUACUAAUAAUGGUCUGGUUAAGUAA